AUGGCUGCUGUGACCAUUCCUCAGAUCACAGCGAAGCUCGCUAGUCAGUGCCCGGUCCUUAGCACAGCUAGGGUAGCGGUUAAGUCCCGAGCGAUGGUGGCGUGUAUUAUCCGCCCUGGUCCCCAACCAUUGGACCCUGCCGAGAUGCUCCUUAUACGGCGAGCGGCUCGGGAGGGCGAUCCUUGGUCUGGUCAGACGGCCUUCCCUGGUGGACGCUGUGAUGUUGAUGAUGGUGGCUGCGACUUCACAACUGUUUGCCGAGAAGUCCGCGAGGAGCUGGGAGUAGACCUGACGAAUGAGGAGCGAUACAGAUACCUAGGGCGGGUCCGAGAUAUGGAGACCUUCAAGUCCCGCAAGGU